AUGGCCUGUGUCGCUGUGUUCACUACCAUGGCCUGUGUUGCUGUGUUCACUACCAUGGCCUGUGUCGCUGUGUUCACUACCAUGGCCUGUGUUGCUGUGUUCACUACCAUGGCCUGUGUUGCUGUGUUCACAUUCAGGAAGGAAGGAGACAUACUAGUGGGCUGUGGCUCGGUCCGUCUGGACAGCCGUAUUGUCGGGGGCAGGAAUGCCUCGGCGGGCAGAUGGCCAUGGCAGGUGAGCCUACACUGGCUAGGGAGUCACAUCUGCGGGGGGACCCUCAUUAGCGACCAGUGGGUCAUCACGGCCGCACACUGCUUCUCCAGCUUCCCAAUCCACUUCACCUGGACGGUGUACCUGGGCCGAGAGACACAGGAUACGUCCAGCCCGAACGCCAACCCUCAUGAGGUGGCACACAGUGUUAAAGCCAUCGUCCGCCACCCCGACUACAGCGCGGGGGACUUCACUAACGACGUGGCCCUGGUGAGACUAAGAGAGCCGGUGGAGUUCACCGCCUACGUCUGGCCCAUCUGCCUGCCCUCCAACACCAGCAGGUUCCCACCGGGAACGGCCUGCUGGACCACCGGCUGGGGCAACACGGGCUUUGGAGAGUCCCUCCCCUUCCCAAUGGCACUACAGGAAGUGGCGGUGACGGUGGCAGGAAACAGGAAGUGUGAGUGCCGGUUGAAGGACACACUCCAGGUGGACAUAACUCCCAGCAUGCUCUGCGCUGGAGGGGUUACGGGGAAAGGGGCAUGCCAUGGAGACUCAGGGGGUCCCCUCCAGUGUCGGCUGGGCUCUGUGUGGGUGCUGGCGGGGGUGACCAACUUUGGCAUCCCCUGUGCCACGGGUGUGGCCCCCGACGGUUACGCCCGCGUGUCGGCGUUUGAGCCGUGGAUCAGAGACACCGUGCGCCACUCGGACGUGGGCUUCGUCCACUUCACCUCAAACAGACCUGACGAGGACCGAAACUUCAACUGCAACCGCACUAACAGACGUGAAGGCACUGUAAAACUUCCUGAGCAGAACAGAAGUUCUCCCGCCAUCUUCCUGGAGGGCACAUUCAAAUAUUUCGGCCUUGUUUAUGGACAGAUAUUUCUGAACAACGACGGCUAUCUGACCUUUGAUGGGUCCACACCUCUGGAGCCUCCCAGCAGUUUCCCUGCGCACUCCAACACGGACGUCAUCGCCCCGCUGUGGGCGAACUUAGACAACAGGGUUCGAGGAACCAUCUCUUACCAGCAGGUCACUAAUGGCUCCAUUCUACACCUGGCCACUAGGGACAUAAACGAGUACUUCCCGCACCUCAACUUCUCUGCUUCCUGGGUGUUCAUCGCUUCCUGGGGGAAGGUUGCGCUCUCCUCCCAGCCAGAGUCAGGCGUGUCUGCCCAGCUGGUCUUGGUGUCUGAUGGGGAUCUGUCUUUUGUCCUGAUGAACUAUGGAGACAUAGAGACAGCCAACGCCCGGGCUGGCUAUGACACCGCCGGAUCCUCGCACUACUUUUGGGUUCCCAUGGAAACGACCUCAGAGCUCCAGCACACCAGCAACAUGUUCACUCCAGGCCGCUGGGUGUUCCGUGUCGAUGGAGGCGAUGUGACCAGUGGCCACAGCAGAGCUACAGCUGACGAGUGUGGCGUCUCGGCGAAGCCCCCGUCACAGCUCAGUGCCAGGAUCACCGGGGGCCAGGACGCCCAGCCAGGGAGUUGGCCCUGGCAGGUCAGCAUACACCGUCUCGGCCGCCACGAGUGUGGGGGCUCCCUGAUCAACCACGAGUGGGUCAUCUCUGCUGCACACUGCUUCCAAAGUUCCUGCACCGCUCCCCUGGCUGUCUAUCUCGGUCGUCUUCGUCAGGUGGGCAGCAUCUCCAACGAGGUCCGCCGAAGCAUCCUGGCGAUUGUCCGACACCCUGAUUACGACAGCGUCUCCAAUGACAAUGACGUGGCUCUCGUCCGCUUGAGCUCGCCGGUCCGCUACACGUCCUACAUCAAACCCGUUUGCCUGGCAGCGAGCGCCAGCACGUUCAUCACUGACACCAAAAGCUGGGUCACUGGCUGGGGAUUCGUCCAACAAGGAGUGCCCCUCCCCUCCCCACAGACCUUACAGGAAGUGGAGGUGUUGGUGGUGGGAAACAAACAGUGCAGCUGCUCUUAUGGAGAACUCACAGACAACAUGAUCUGUGCAGGUGUGCCCGCAGGUGGCAAAGACGCUUGCCAGGCUGAUUCAGGAGGGCCCUUGGUGAGCAGACAGGACUCUAUCUGGGUUCUCUCUGGGGUUGUAAGUUUCGGGGAAGGCUGUGGUCGCCCCGGUUACCCGGGCAUCUACACGAGGGUGUCGCGGUACCAGGACUGGAUCACCUCUUUCACCUCAGAAGACCUGCCGGGCUUCGUACAGUUUGAUUCUGAGGGACCUGACACAGAUAAUGACUACACCUGUCCCAGCCCAACACCACCAGGGCCCAGCACGCCACCAACCACUACAAACAGGCCUUCCACCACUUUGCUGUCAGACACAACACCCAUAGCCAUAACUACAACCACUACAAACAGGCCUUCCACUACUCCCCUUCCAGUGACAAUGCCCACCACUGUUUCUAUGACAACAACUGCUACAACCAACAUCAGCGGUACAUUUUAUCCAUUUGGAGAUGAAAGUACUAUGAGCCCUCCGCAGCAGAACGACAGUUCCUUACUGAUCUUCCUGGAAGGGACAUUUAAAUACUUUGGCCUUGCUUACAGCCAGAUAUAUCUGAACAACGACGGCUAUCUGACCUUUGAUGGGUCCACACCUCUGGAGCCUCCCAGCAGUUUCCCUGCGCACUCCAACACGGACGUCAUCGCCCCGCUGUGGGCAAACUUAGACAACAGGGUUCGAGGAACCAUCUCUUACCAGCAGGUCACUAAUGGCUCCAUUCUACACCUGGCCACUAGGGACAUAAACGAGUACUUCCCGCACCUCAACUUCUCUGCUUCCUGGGUGUUCAUCGCUUCCUGGGAGAAGGUUGCGUUCUCCUCCCAGCCAGAGUCAUUUGGUUAUGACACAGCUGGAUCCUCCCACUACUUUUCAGUCCCUGUGAAUAGCACAACAGACCUCCGUCACACAAGCAAUGUUGACCACACAGGUCGCUGGGCAUUCCGCACGGAUGAAGGGAACGCACCCAGUGGUCAGAGGUGUGGGCUUCCCACUUACCCUGAGCCCACCCCUGACAAUAGGAUAGUCGGGGGCCAGGACGCCCAACCAGGAAGCUGGCCCUGGCAGGCCAGCAUACACCGCUCUGGACGCCAUGCCUGUGGAGGGUCCCUCAUAAACAACCAGUGGGUCAUCUCUGUUGCACACUGCUUUCUCAGUUCCUGCACAGCUCAUCUGACUGUUUAUCUCGGUCGUUAUCGCCAAGAAGGCAGCAACCCCAACGAGGUUCGACGAGGUGUCAUGGCAAUCGCCAGACACCCUAAUUAUGACUUCAUUACGUCUAACAAUGACAUAGCGCUCAUUCGACUCAGCUAUCCCGUCCGCUACACGGCCUUCAUUAAACCCGUUUGCCUGGCAGCAAGCGCCAGUGUGUUUAUUACAGGCACAGAGAGCUGGGUCACUGGCUGGGGACGCAUCCAAGAAGGAGUGCCCCUCCCUUCCCCACAGACCUUACAGGAAGUGGAGGUGUUGGUGGUGGGAAACAAACAGUGCAGCUGCUCUUAUGGAAAACUCACAGACAACAUGAUCUGUGCAGGUGUGCCCGCAGGUGGCAAAGACUCUUGCCAGGCUGAUUCAGGCGGACCCUUGGUGAGCAGACAGGACUCUAUCUGGGUUCUCUCAGGGAUCAUAAGUUUCGGAAGAGGCUGUGGUCGCCCCGGUUACCCGGGCGUCUACACGAGGGUGUCGCAGUACCAGGAUUGGAUCACCUCCUUCACCUCAGAAGACCUGCCGGGCUUCGUACAGUUUGAUUCUGAGGGACCUGACACAGAUAAUGACUACACCUGUCCCAGCCCAAUACCACCAGGGCCCAGCACGCCACCAACCACUACAAACAGGCCUUCCACCACUUUGCUGUCAGACACAACACCCAUAGCCAUAACUACAACCUAUACAACAAACAUUAGCACGUCCUCCGCUACUUCACUGCCUACAACUCCCAUAAUUCCAUCCUCAACAAUCAGGCAGAGCACAAUGUCCAAGCAUACAAUGCCUUCCUCAACCCCUGAUGACCAUUCCGUCACUUCUAGCACAUAUCCAUCCACUUCUGCCAUUAUCAAAACCAGCGUCCAAUCCACAACACGUUCCUCAACAGCCACACUCAUCUGUAACCACAACUGCAGCCACCAGCGAUGCUACGCUAACCACAGCUACUUCGACAUCUGUUACUUCUGUAUCGGACGCUUCUGUAACCACAACUGCUGCUACCAGCGAUGCUACGCUAACCACGGCUACUUCGACAUCUGUUACUUAUGUAACGGACGCUGCUGUAACCACAACUGCGGCGACCAGCGAUGCAACGCUAACCACAGCUACUUCGACAUCUGUUACUUCUGUAACGGACGCUGCUGUAACCACAACUGCAGCCACCAGCAAUGCUACGCUAACCACAGCUACUUCGGCAUCUGUUACUUCUGUAACGGACACUGCUGUAACCACAACUGCUGCUACCAGCAAUGCUACGCUAACCACAGCUACUUCGGCAUCUGUUACUUCUGUAACAGACGCUGUUGUAACCACAACUGCUGCUACCAGCUAUGCUACGCUAACCACAGCUACUUCGACAUCUGUUAUCUCUGUAACGGACACUGUUGUAACCACAACUGCUGCUACCAGCGAUGCUACGCUAACCACAGGUACUUCGACAUCUGUUAUUUCCCCUGA